AUGUAUUUUAACAAUGAUGGCAUUAAUAAAGAAAAACAUAAUAAAACUAUUACACAUUCGAAAAAGGUAACCAACUUUACAAUACCAAAACAUUGUCAAAAAUCUAUAAAUUCUGUAUCUUCUUUAUUAAUCAAAGAACCAAUAUGUCAAGAUUCCACGGAGAUUCAAUCUUGUUCAUUAAAUUCAAGACCUAUGUAUCAAGAUGUUAAAAUCGAAAACUGUUUUUCAUCCAAAAUCAAACAGCCUCAAGAGAUUGUAAAGCCUCCUAAAUCAAAAACUCAAGAGAUUGUAAAGCCUCCUAAAUCAAAAACUCAAGAGAUUGUAAAGCCUCCUAAAUCAAAAAUUUCGAAGGACAAACCAACUGUUGUUACUAAAAUACCAAGUGUUCAAGUUAAGAAGGAUGAAACUCCCCCAAAAAAAUCUGUGGAAAUGCUUCACACAUGUGGUAAAGCCAUAUUGGUGGAAUCCCCUAUGUUUAGACGAAAAAGCUUAUGGAUAACUCCUAAACCAUCAUCCGUCUACAAGGAACAUUAUAAUUCGAUACCUAAAAUAAUGAAUAUAAAAUAUUAA